AUCAGUCAACGGAGUACAGAUCCCACAGCGAGGCACUAGGCACAGCAAUGCGUACCAAGGACACAACGAGUGGAGAAUAAUACUUCAUUCAAGUGUCCACAUGGGAUGGGUCAUGUAGUAACUUCUGAAACCGUAGAAUAAGUGAUUUUCUCCUGGUUUCAUUUGGAGCAGCAAGGAUAUUUUUUAUGGAAGAGUCCACUAAGGCAGUUCCCGGGCGGAUAUUUCCCUGUCUGAACGCUUACCCACAUCCGUAUUUUCGCCCCGUCGGUAUGGAAUAGCUUGCUAAAAUAAUGAUCCUUUGAUAUUUAAACAGUGAACCGAAGCCUACCUUUUGUCUUCCAAUUUCCCCUACUCGAUAUGGAGGACUCUAAUGCAACGAGGAAGACUUUCGUGGUCCCGGACAUUAAACCAUUGGAUUUGUAUGACAGUACAAGGGGGAAAAUAUGCGCAAGUGUCGGAUGGCUCCUAGCAAAAUCGUACGGCAAUGCAGAGAAAGUUCCGGUGGAGCUGCGGGAGCCCUUCUACUGCGACCAGUACGAACAGGAGCACCUCAAGCCCCCCGUCACACGCCUCCUGCUGUCCUCGGAGCUCUACUGCCGCACCUACACUCUGCUGGUGGGGGGCUCGGCGCCGGAGGGGGCCCCCCCACCGGACAACGCCGCCCUCUUGCAGCUCCUCGCCGACAGAGGACUGCCCCCGACGGACCUGGACGCGCCGGUGGGCGACGCAGACCUGCGGCGCAAGCCCAUCAAAAUGAGUGCCCACCUGGCCUUGAUGGACGCCCUCAUGGCGGUGGGGGCCAUGGAGACGGUGGCAACGGCGAAGACACGCGGUGCAGCGGGGCUGCUCGGCGGAGGGACCAGCUGGCAGGAGCCGCUCCUUCACUGGGUUAACGAGUUAAACCAAAAGCUGAGACAGAUGGAAGAAGGGACCCAAGACGAUCCGGCCCAAACGAACCCAGAGCCCGAGUCUGUGCAGCCCUCGUGUCCCACUCGCUGGUAUUGGAAACUUGUUCCUCUGCGGUAUAGGAAGGAUAAGACACAGUCCAGACAGAAACCCAUUUUCCCGAUAGUGAAUGAGGUCAAAGACCUGUCUACUGGUUGUGCUGUUGUUGCUGUAAUGCACUACUACUGCCCUGAUCUGUUACGACUUGAAGAUGUUUGUAUGAAGGAUGCCAUGUCUGCAGCGGACAGCCUGUCCAACCUGCAUUUCAUCCGUGAGUUCUGCGAAAGUUGUUUAAAAAGCUGCUGUUCCUUGGCACUGGAAGAUAUGCUUUACGCACCACCAGAGCUUCAGAGCAACUGGCUGAGCUUUCUCGCUGAGCUGCUGAACUGGUUUGAAGUACGAAGGCCAGAGUUCGUCCAACCCAGAGACUCAUCAGAUGGCUCCAGACCAGCAGUGCCAGCCAGCUCCAGUAAGAGUGGCUCACCUUCAAUCUUUAGGAGGCCCUUCGUUCCCAUCUCGUCCCACUUGUCCCAGUCAGGACCUUUGACUCAGUCUACCUCACUGUCUCACCUAGAAAAUGCAGGAAAGACAAAGAUCAGGAAACCCCUCAGCCGCCCCCUGUCAGCCGUGUCUUUCAGUAUCCCCUUCGGCCUGGACAGCGACGUGGACGUGGUGAUGGGCGACCCCCUCAUCACGCGCUCCGUCAGCUCUGACCAGCUCACCCCGGGGGGCCCAGCCAAGGCCAGGGCCCCCUUCGCCCCCCCCGGGGACCUCGCCCACCUGCUGCCCCGAGCCAACGGGCCCCAGAGGGCCUCGUGGGUCACCCAGAACCCCAAUGCCCCGCGGCUGGCUGAGAACGGCCACCAACGGGAGAGCGAGGCGGGGGAGCUGCCCACCAUCGAGGAAGCCCUGCAGAUCAUCCACAACGAGAGCAAGAUGGAGCCCCGGCACCACCCGGACGGGGCCCCCGACGGCUUCUACCUCCACUCCCCCGACGACCAGGCGGGGGGCCGGCACGCCGGCGGCCCCCCGCCCGGUCCCGUGAGCUGCUCGGCACCCUCGCGCUCGGGGACGAUGUACCGGCCCCCGGCGGAACCCCGGGAGCCCGGGCGCACCCGGAACCCCUCGGAAGGCUCCCGGGACGACGACUCGGUCCUGAGGGACGGCAGCGUGGACUCGGACGCCUCGGAGGACCCGCCCAAGACCCCCGCCGCCGCCACGACCCCCUGGCGCCCCCACGGCAAGGAGGCGUCGGACAGUGGCGUGAAGAUGACCAGCUUCGCCGAGCGCAAGAAGAGGCACGGCCCGGAGUCGCCCAAGGCCGGCGAGCCCCCCGCCGGUGCCCCGGCCGGGGGGGGCGAUGACGCGGCGGCCCGCGCCGUCGAGGAGGGCCCGGGCAAGAGCCCGAAGCUCACCAACGAGAUGUCGGAGCUGGGGGUGCGGCUGGAGGAGAAGCGCAAGGCCAUCGAGGCCCAGAAGAAACGCAUCGAGGCCAUCUUCGCCAAGCACCGGCAGCGGCUGGGCAAGAGCGCCUUCCUGCAGCUGAAGAAGGAGCAGGACGAGGGCGAGGGCGGCGCGGAGAACGGCCAGGGCCCCCCCGCCGCCGCCGACGGAGACCUGACGCUGGAGGAGAGGCUGGCCCGCAUGGAGCAGGAGGAGAAGGGGCACGACGAGCGGCGCCCCUCGAAGGACGAGGCCGGCGCCGGCGACAGAGCGGGGGCUCAGGCCGACAAAAAGGCGGCUCCCUCGGGCGAGAAGGCCACGGCGCCGCUGGGCGACUACAACAACGCCGUGUCCAAGCUGACCAUGGCGCUGAGCUCCCUGCAGAGCGACAUGCAGCGCCUCUCGGACCAGCAGAGCCAGCUGAUCCGGAAGAAGCCGGCGGCGCCCGGCGCCCGGUCCUGGGUCAUCCCGCCCGGCCCCAAGCCCCCCACGCCGGGCCGCUCGUCCCGCGAGCCCUCCCGGGACCUCAACUCGGCCUCCUCCUCCCCCUCGCCGUCACCCUCGCGCCGCGCCCCGGGCCAAACGCCGCCGCCCAAGUCGCCGUACGCUCACCGCCGCGCCCAGUCGGCGCCGCCGAAGAGCCCCAAGCACCAGCAGGCGCGCCCGCCGGACCCCAAGGGCCCCGGGGUGUCCCGGGUGCUCACGGCGCCGCGCAACGUGGACCGCAUCCCCCACCUGCGCCGGGUGGACCCCUGGCAGUGCAAGGUGCAGACCUCCUCGUCCUUCACCAUCGGCUCGGACGACCGGCCGGCCGACCUGUACCCCUCCCCCGACCCCACGCCGACCCACACCCCCGACCCCACGCCGGCGCCCACGCCCACGCCCACGCCGCCGCGCCUCCCGGCCGAGGACGCCCUGUCGGAGGCGGGCUCCAACGACAACCAAAGCAUCUUCAGCAUGGAGCUGGACACCCCCCGGAAGGAGCGGCCGGCUGUGGGGGGCAGCAGCUCCGGGGCCCCCUCGGAGUGCUCGUUCGAGAGCGACGCCGUGUUCAACGGCGACAAGCGCGGUGGCGGCGGCGGCGGCGGCCUGGUGGAGGUCUCCCUGCUGGCCGCCCGGGGGGGCGGGGGGGAAGGGGGGGAGGACGACGAGGAGCAGGGCCCCGACCCGUUCUCGGACUCCGUGAGCGACGUGACCGAGCCCGAGCUGAGGAGCGGCCUGGGCUUCUUCUUUAAGGACGACAAGGAGCGCCCAGAGGAUGAGAUGGCCCAGCGCAGGGCGGCGCUGCUGGAGAAGCAGCAGAAGAGGGCGGAUGAUAUGAAGAAACGCAAGCUGGAGCUGGAAAAGGAGAAAGAAGCCAACAGGCCGCAGUGGAUGACGAUCGAGGGCUGGGGGGACAAGGGGGACUCGCGGCCUUCAACCCCAGGCACCCCCACGGGGUCAAGCACCCCCACCGCCGAGGGGACGCCCCAGCGCAGGGGGGACUUCACCCGGCUGGAGUACGAGCGGAGACACCAGCUGAAGGUCAUGGAGGACCUGGGCAAGGUCCUGAGGCAGAAGCCCACCACCGUCCGCGGCGUGAAGAACCGGCCCAAGACCGUCUUCCGAGACGACUCGGGCCUGUCCCGCAGCCCCGCCAAGGGUUUUGACACCAGGUUGAACAAGCAGUACUCCCACUCCACCAUGAACCUGUCUUCAGUGGCCAACGACCUGAGCGUCAGGAAGUCUCCCAGCCGCUCCCACUCGCCUGCCAGGCGAAGCUCCCCGGGGAGGGUGAGCUCCCAGAACGGGGACAGGGACUGGGAGAACGGCUCCACCAUCUCCUCCCCGGCCUCUAUACCGGAGUACACCGGGCCCAAGCUGUACAAGGAGCCCAGCUUCAAGUCAAAUAAGUUCAUCAUCCACAACGCUAUCUCUCGCUGCUGCCUCGCCGGCAAGGUCAACGAACCGCAGAAAAACAAGAUUGUAGAGGAAAUGGAAAAGAGCCCGGCCAACCACUUCCUCAUCCUGUUCCGGGACGCCAGCUGCCAGUUCCGGGCGGUGUACACCAUGAACCCGGAGACGGAGGAGAUGGUGCGUCUGACCGGCGUCGGGCCCCGAGUCAUCGGCCCCGACAUGGUGGAGUCCAUCUUCAAGUACAGCUCGGACCGCAAGCAGUUCACCGCCAUCCCGUCCAAAACCAUGUCUAUGAGCGUGGACGCCUUCACCAUCCCCGCGCAACUCUGGCAGAAACGCCCCGGAACGCCCAAGAAGCUAGGCACUCCCAAAUAGCCUGUCCCCCCCCCCCCCCCCCCCCCCCCCUCACCUCACCUCACCUGACAUGAAAGGCAAGCAACAGAAGGACACGCUCUCCUCACAGUGGAGUUCUCCCACCUCCCUCGCCUCCCCUCUCUUUAAAAGCCCCCCCCCUUCUUCCUCACAGGUACAGCAUGAGGGUUGUGGAGUUGAGGGCUUGCUGCUAGGCAACGGUUUGGACCGGCCGGUGGGGGGGGGGGGAUACGCCGCUCGCCAUGACGA